AUGGCUGUUGCCACCUUCGUCUCGGAAGACCUUUGCAAUGUCUUCCCCACUGGCAUCUGGCACCCCCAGCCUCCUCUUCCGCUCAGAUUCCGUCUCCACGAAGAGCUGGCCUACGAGGAGCGCCAUGCCCACAGCAUACUGACGCGCUUUUUCGAGCAUGAGCCGCCAGCCGCCGCCUGGACGGUGCAGCCUCACUACGAGCUGCCUACGGCCUUCCGGGCCGAGUGGGAGCCGGCGGGCGGCCCGGAAGUGCCGAGCGCCGGGCCGCGGCCGCUGCACUUGGGCUUCCUCUGCGAGUACGACGCGCUGCCCGGCAUCGGGCACGCCUGCGGCCACAACCUGAUUGCCGAGGUCGGCGCGGCGGCCGCGCUGGGCGUAAAGGGGGCCCUCGAGAGCCUCCUCGGGCCGCCUCCGCCGGUGAAGGUGUUUGGUGACCAAUAAAUCUGCCUGGUUGAACUGGUGGAAUCGAAUUAGUAAUUGUCUUGGGAACACCUGCAGAAGAAGAUGGUGGUGGGAAAAUUGAUUUAAUUGAAGCAGGAGCUUUUAAAAAUCUUGAUGUUGUUUUUAUGGCCCAUCCAUCCCAAGAAAAUGCUGCUUAUC